AUGGUAAAUGUUGCAGUCUCUUCGGUGGCGGUCAUGUCCAUCGAUCUGGGCUCAGAAUGGAUGAAAAUUGCCAUCGUCAGUCCAGGUGUCCCCAUGGAGAUCAUCCUCAACACUGAUUCUCAACGCAAAACUCCACUUGUGGUCGCAUUUAGGGACGGUGAACGCUUCAUAGGCGAUGCUGCCUUAACCGUGGGAGUUCGCUUUCCGGAGAAAACUUUUACUCAUUUUCUUGAUCUGGUGGGCAAAAGUAGCCUCAAGUCGGUUGCAGCGCAAAAGUACAAGGAGCGCUUUCCAUAUCACAACCUGGUUGAAACGGAAAAUGGUCAGCUUGCUUUUGUGCUGAAAGACAAUGGCCAGGAGGUUCAGUACACGCCGGAGGAGUUGCUCUCGAUGCUCCUCUCCAAGGCUCGUACUUUUGCCGAAAUUGCCUCGGCUUCAUCAUCGCAAAGUGGACAGGCCCAAAUCAUCACCGACUGUGUUCUCACUGUGCCUCCGUACUUCUCGCAAGCCGAACGACGUGCACUGAAAGAUGCCGCUAAUCUGGCUGGACUUAAAGUUCUGCAGUUGUUGAACGCCAACACGGCGUUUGCUCUAAACUAUGGCGUCUUUCGCCGUAAAGAUUUCAACUCGACACCAACGAACAUUCUACUGUACGACAUGGGCGCUGGUGACACCGUCAGCACCAUUGUUAGCUUUCAAGUCGUCAAAACCAAAGAGCGCGGCUUCACCGAAUCCAAUCCCCAACUCAGUGUGAAAGGCGUUGGUUACGAUCGGUAUUUGGGUGGCUUUGAAUUUCAACUGCGACUGCGAGAUCAUUUGGUGAAGCUGUUUGCUGAGCAAAGCAAGAAGACAGUUGACGAAAUCAGCAAAAACAAGCGAGCUAUGGCUAAGCUGUUGAAGGAGGCUGGCAGACUGAAGAAGGUGCUGUCUGCCAACAAUGAACACAAGGCUCAGGUGGAGAACGUCAUGAACGACAUUGACCUGAAGGCGAUUGUCACUCGAGAGCAGUUUGAAGCCCUUUCCGCUGAUUUGCUGAAUGAGCGUGUCACAAAGCCACUGGACGAUGUUCUCCAGAGUUCCGGCUACCAGCUAACGGAAAUUGAUUCGUUUAUUGUCAUUGGUGGCGCCACUCGCAUUCCAAAGGUUCAGCAGCUUCUUCAGGAGUACUUUUCGCGGGAGCUCAGCAAGAAUAUAAACGCCGACGAAGCUGGUGCCCUCGGUGCCGCCUACCAGGCUGCUUACUUGUCUAAAGGGUUUAAAGUCAAGACAUUUCAUGUGAAGGAUGCUAACCUGUUCCAGAUCAAUGCCGAUUUUGAUCGUCUCAAUGAUAGCGGCGAAAAGAAAACCGUCAGCCGAGCUUUGUUCGGUCGGAACAACCUUUAUCCGCAGAAGAAGGUCAUCACCUACAGUAAGCACAAGGAAGACUUUGACAUUAUGGUCAACUACGGUGAGCCAGUUCCACAGGACAGCCCGAAGAGCAUUUACAAGGUUUCACUGAAAAACAUUGCUCCAGUUUAUGACAAGUACACUGGCAAUUCGAGCGUAGAGGCGAAGGGAAUCAAGGUGCACUUCAGCAUGGAUGAGAGCGGCAUUCUCUCGGUCACCAAUUCGGAGGCACUUUUUGAGGUCGAGUACGAAGAGGUUACCGAGUCGGAUCAGUACGAAAAUCUGAGUGAAGCUGUUGGCGAUGCCAUUUCCAAGUUUGGCAGUACCAUCUCAAAACUUUUUAGUGGAAAUGAAGAGGCUGGCAACGAAACUCAAAGUGAAAAUGCAACAACUACCGAAGAGGCGACGGCUCAACUGAACGAAACCAAAACUGAUUCAGAAAAGAAAGAACAAGAAAAGCCUGAUGUUAAUCAGACUGAAUCGAGCAACUCUACUACAACGAAGCAAAUUAAAAAGGAGUUGAAAAAGAAGACUGUCAAGGAGGAGAUUUCCUCUGUUAUUGAUAUCCUCGACAUUGUUCCGCUGCCGGCAGAUGUCCUCUCCGCAUCAAAGGAUAAGCUUAAAAGUCUAAACGAAAAAGAGAUUGCAAAGCUGAAGAGAGAUCAAGCCAAGAACACUCUCGAGUCGUUCAUCUUGGAGACUCGUGACAAGCUGGAGCAGAAUGAGUUUGCCAGUGCCACCACCGACGAGGAGAAGACCAAAAUUGAAAGUGAGCUGCGCACCGCUUCCGACUGGCUGGAGUACGAAUCGGAUGGCGCCGAUGCAGCUGUGUUUGAGGAGCAAAUUAAAAAGUUGGCUUCCAUUACCAAUGAGCUUUUUAACCGCGUUCGUGAACACCGAGAGCGACCUGAAGCGCUGGGCGCUCUGCGCAACAUCCUCAACAUUAGCGACAUGUUCCACUCUAAUGCAAUUAAUAUGAGCGAAGACGACCAGGUGUUUAGCCAAGUGGAGCUAACUAAUCUGCGCGUACUGGUCGACGAGACACAGACGUGGAUGGAGGAAUCGGUGAAGGAGCAGGCCCUUCUCCCCGCCAACGUCAACCCUACAAAGCUGACUCUACGAGCAAUCGCCGAAAAGACUGCCGCCCUCGACCGAGAGGUCAAGUAUCUUCUCAACAAGGCACGAGUCACCCCGCCUAAGAAGAAGCCAAAGAAGGAAGAGUCGAAAAAGGAUGACAACUCAACCGACCCAUUGGAUGCUUCCGAUCCGCAGACUGAAGAAACAACUGAAGACCAGCCGACUAAUGAGAGUGAAAAGUCGGAAAAGAAUGAGAAGGCGUCUGAAAAGCCAGUCGCUGAAGAGGAGGGGGAGAAGAUUUCUCCGGAGAAGGUCGUGGACGUUCCCCCCAAGACCGAAUUGUGA